UGCAAUUUACUUCCAUUCACAAAACUUGAAACCUCCGCAGCUCUCUGCUCUCCUGACGCCGUCCUCAGUCUUAUGAAGUAGUUGUUAACUUGUUAUAGCUCAGGUUUUGUGUGUGUGUGUGUGUUUUUUUCUAACGGUGCCGGGAACUAAAUGGAGGUUUUUGGCGAGCUGUCCCGGUAAAGUCUCAUCAUCAGGCGGACGGGUUGAGCGUGAGUGUCUAUUUGGGGGGUGUGACAGCACUCUCCAUGCAUACAGCUGUGCCGGGCGCUUGUUUAUGAGUUGAACAGGUUGCUUUACGGAGCCGUUGGAAGGGAAACACACCGGGUCAUGUUCUUGAGUCGCACACAGGCAACUGAAGACUCGCCUGCCCGAGGAUUUGCUGGUCAGAACCGCUGUUAAAAUGUGAGCUGAGCUCGAUGUUGACAUUCAUCCAUCGAACAUGGGAACUUUGAGAGUUGUUAAAUCGGAUCAUUCCUGAGGCUGGACAUUUGGAGAGGUGAAUCACGCGCACAGGCUUGUGUAUGACAUGAAUGACAAACAGGACAGGCCUUAUGUGUGCGGGGCCCCGGGCUGCUCUCAGCGCUUCCAGUUAGAGGAGCAUCUGAUCAUCCACAGACACAAACAUGAGAUGACCCUCAAGUUCCCCGCCAUCAAGACGGAUACGGCUUUUACAGAUCAGACUCCAACGCCAACCCGAUUUUUGCAGAACUGUGAAGAGGUUGGUCUGUUCAAGGAGAUAGAGGAGGAGUUUCUGCAGGCACAAGAAGAGGAAAAGAGCAAACAGACGCUUUCUCAUAAUGGGCCGUCCUGUAUGAACCAGCACCAGCUCAAACCCCAGCUUCAGCUCCAGCACCCACCCCAGCCUCAGCACUCACAUCCCCAGCCACCGCUGCACCAUCCCCAGACCCAUCCCUUGCAGCACACCCAGUCCCAUGGCCCCAUGAUGGGCCCUAGCUGCAGCCUGGCUGCCCAGCAAACUCUGUCCUCCUCCCAGUCCGGAUCAGUCAUCACCCAGGCUCCUUCCACCCUCUCACACUCAGGGCCGGUUCCUGGGCCGCUGUCCUCCCUCCUCCACAUGCGGAACAGACACAGACAACCGCUGCCAGCCUCCUUGCCUGGCACCCUGCCAGACCCCGCCAUGCAAGGGGCAUCUGCUCAGCACAUGCCCAUGGAGAAGCAGAUGUCUUGUGUAAUGGGUCUACCAGGUCCUGUACACAACCCCUCCUGUUCCUCGCCGCAGAGAUCCAAACAGACGAUGGGCCAUCAUUACCAACAACACCACCCAGGAAUGGUCGCCAUCAACAACCCUGUGACAUCCAUGGGUCACAUGAUGGAGAUGAUGUCACAGCGCCAGCAGGCACCUCCGCUACAACACCACCACCAACCACAACAUCAUCAUCAUCAUCAUCCGCAGCUUCCAGCUCCACCCCUCCCCUACCAACAGCGAUGUCACGCUCCUCCUCCACAGCACCUGGGCAGCUCCCACAGCCACCAGCUUCACCAGCAAGCCAACGUACCACACGCUCAGGCUCACCAAUCACCACCUUCCCACUUGCACCAGGGCUCACCACCAGCACCUCCACUGUCUGUUCCCACACAGCAUUCACCGGUGCCACAGCAAAUGCAGCCCUCCCAGCAUGCAGUGCAGGCAGGCGGUAGCUGCAGUGGUGGAGGAGGAGGAGGCGGCAACCGGCGCAGGAGGUCAGCAGAGCAGGACCCAGACGAGCGCAGGCAGAAAUUUCUGGAACGUAACCGAGCCGCGGCCACCCGCUGCCGACAGAAGAGGAAAGUGUGGGUGUCGUCGCUGGAGAAGAAAGCUGAAGAGCUGACGCACACAAACCUGCAGCUACAGAACGAGGUGACGUCAUUGAGGUCGGAGGUGGGUCAACUGAAGCAGAUUCUGCUCACCCAUAAGGACUGUCCUGUCACCGCCCGGCAGAGAGAGGCACAGGGGUACCCCACUGCAGAGGUGUGCCCAGGAGGAAGUCCCACCCCUGUAGAGCCUGGGUCUCAACUGCAGGCCAUCCAACACAACAGCAUCUCGACCUCCUCGACCGCUGGAGGCGACACAGGGCCCGACCCCCAGCCUGGAUGCUAGCCCGCAUCGUAUAGAGGAGGGGGGUGAGACUGGAUGACUGGAUGAAAUAUGUUUCUGUCAUAACUACACAUAAGUCUCACUGAGCUGUGGAUCCGUGCCUCUUUACAUUGUACGCACUGAACUGGAUAGGUGAAUUUAUGAAUCAGUUUGUUUUUUUUUUUUUCAACAUUGUCAUCUUUUUCUGGUGUAUGUUGUGGAGGUGCAAAAAUGACAUUUUCUGAAAGCCUUGUUAAAAACUGUGAUGGUUACAUGGCAACUGGAUCCUGUGUUUAUUCAGAAAGUGUCUGCUUCUGUUGACAGCAAUCUCACAAUUGCCUGCUACCCACUGACUAUUCACACACACACACACACACACACACGCACACGCACACACACACACACACACACAUACACACAAACAUAACACAUCAUUUCAGUCCCUCUUGCUCUUAUAUCUUGCACUAAUUUUGAAAGACAAAUCCUUUAUACUAGUUAAUAUUUUUAAUAGCCAAAUGCAAGUGCACACCUUUUGCCUUCUCUUUCUCUUCUCAAAAAUACAUAUGUAUUUUUCUACAAAUAAUUCAAAUUAAGACAAAAAGGGUUUAUUUUAAGAUUUCAAAUUCAUUGUAUGUAAAUAAAAAUCAAUCAAACCUGCGUCUGUCUCGGAAAGCCAUUUAAAACCUGAUUGUACAGUAUUUCCUUUCAGGGUCUUUUUUUUUUAACACAACUGCUCUAAAACACUAAAAUAUCUAUGAACUGCACUUCAUGACUCAAUCCCUGUCUGUUUCUUUUAAUUUACACUUUACACUUAAGUUACUCUUUUUGUACUGUAAAGAUGUUGACAAUCGCUGUAAAUCUAAUGCUAAAAU